GUGAAAGAGGUGAAAGAUCACAUGUGCAUUAUCUGAAAAACCUCCUUUCACAAUCAUUAACUACAGGAUGGGACUUUCAAAACAGCGAGAUUCAUUUCUUUCGAGGAAUGUCCGUUAAGAAAUCCCAUUGAGAAUUCUACACUGUCUUCUGCCUCCACACUCAUGGCUCCAGAGAAAACCGGUGACGGGUUGGAGAAUUAUGCAUUUACUGUUGAUGGUGUAGACCAUUUCUGUGAGUUACCAGAGAAUAAAAAUGGAAGCGAUCGUUUCUCAGAGGAGGGAGACAGUAAUAAGCUGGCAUAUUGUGUCACUGAUAUUCCACCAUGGUACCUUUGCAUCUUUUUGGGGAUUCAGCACUAUCUUACAGCUUUUGGUGGCAUCAUAGCCAUUCCUCUGAUACUGUCCCAGGGCCUCUGUCUACAGCAUGACAGCCUUACGCAAAGUCAUCUUAUCAGCACUAUCUUCUUCGUGUCGGGGGUGUGCACCUUACUGCAGGUUACUUUUGGAGUGAGGUUACCCAUUCUCCAGGGUGGAACUUUUGCACUCCUGUCGCCCACCAUGGCUUUGUUAUCAAUGCCUGAAUGGACCUGUCCAGCUUGGACACAGAACGCCAGCCUGGUCAACACCUCCUCACCUGAGUUCAUUGAUGUUUGGCAAAGUCGAAUGCAAGUGCUCCAAGGCUCAAUCAUGGUGGGCUCGUUAUUCCAAGUGGUGGUGGGAUUCUCUGGUCUAAUUGGCCUGUUCAUGCGUUUCAUUGGCCCUUUGACCAUCGCACCAACUAUUUCACUAAUCGGCCUAUCGCUGUUUGACUCCGCUGGCAUGAACGCAGGACACCACUGGGGAAUCUCUUGCAUGACGACGUGUUUGAUUGUGAUUUUCUCGCAGUAUCUUCGCCACAUUGCCAUCCCCUUCCCCAAAUACAGUAAAGCCAAGAAGUUUCACACCAGCAGGGUUUACGUAUUUCAGAUUCUGCCUGUGCUGCUAGGAAUCACUCUGUCUUGGUUGAUUUGCUACCUGCUGACGGUCUACAAUGUCCUGCCCUCAGACCCUGAUAAAUAUGGCUAUCUAGCUCGGACUGACAUUAAAGGAGAUGUUAUAGGCAGGGCGCCUUGGUUCAGAUUUCCUUAUCCGGGUCAAUGGGGAGUGCCAACUGUUAGUCUGGCAGGAGUUUUUGGAAUCCUGGCAGGGGUCAUAUCCUCCAUGAUUGAGUCAGUGGGUGAUUAUCAUGCUUGUGCCAGGUUAUCUGGCGCCCCACCACCACCAAGACAUGCCAUCAACAGGGGCAUCGGCAUUGAAGGCAUUGGGUGUCUGCUGGCAGGUGCCUGGGGAACAGGCAACGGCACCACCUCCUACAGUGAGAACAUAGGAGCCUUGGGUAUCACUAAGGUUGGUAGUCGCAUGGUGAUUGUGUGCAGUGGCUUUGUAAUGAUUAUUAUGGGAAUCUUUGGAAAAAUUGGAGCCAUAUUUACUACAAUACCAACACCUGUUAUUGGAGGAAUGUUUUUGGUCAUGUUCGGGGUCAUUACGGCUGCUGGCGUUUCAAGUCUACAGUAUACAGACAUGAACUCUUCACGCAACAUCUUCAUCUUUGGAUUCUCCAUGUUCACUGGGCUUACUAUACCCAACUGGAUAAUAAAAAACCCCACAUCCAUAGCAACAGGAGUUGUCGAACUGGACCACGUGCUUCAAGUGCUUCUGACAACCAGUAUGUUUGUUGGAGGAUUUUUUGGAUUUCUCCUUGAUAACACAAUACCUGGAACGAAACGUGAACGAGGAAUUACUGCAUGGAAAAAUGCCCACCAAAACGAGUCAGACAAGACUUUAGAAAGUGAUGACGUUUACGGGCUGCCCUUUGGAAUUAAUAGCUGCCUCUCCUCCUUCACAUGGACCAAAUAUGUGCCCUUCUGUCCUACGCACAAAGUCAGCAGACAGGACAACACGCCAUCCAGUUUGGAUUCUUUGGACACCAAAACAGAGCCUAACAACGAUGAUACGCACAUUAUAGCGGGGGUGGCACUAUAGUCUGUGAUAGGGACUUUUAUCUUUAAUGAGUGACAAUUAGUUCAAUGUAGAAAAGGCUCUUAAUUCGGUGACUCUUAAGUCACAUCCAGAGGUAUGGACUGAACUGAGAAGGCAGCUACCCCCCAUGCACUUAAUUUAAUUUUAUCUUAAUUUUAUUUAAUCUGAAGCAGUACUGUGCAAAUUUAUAUCUAUAUUUCUAUCUCUAUGAAUUAUCUGUAAACAUAAUGUUAACGUGAAUUAUUUUAGUGUUUUUUUUUUAACUCUUAAUUUUUAGUCUUAUUCUCUCCCUCUGAAGAAACAAUAAAAAACUGAAUAUAUA